AUGCCAGGCAUUGAUGGAGAAUGGAAGGACAUUCCAGAUAUAAACAAAGGUUUAAAUCUCAGAGAAGGAGACAUUAUGGUGUUCAGGUGUUGGUCAUAUGUUGGUCGCACAUCUCCUAGAGGUCAGACUCUUUCCAUUGGAGAUGGCUGUGGAGUAAAAGCCAUUGUUGAGCAUGAGUUUCUCCAUGCACUGGGAUUUUGGCAUGAGCAAUCAAGAUAUGACAGAGAUGAUUAUGUGACCAUCAACUUCGAAAACAUUAUUACAGGUUAUGGGUCCAAUUUCAAUAGAUACAGUGAGAACUUCACCACCACCCAAGGCACCCCAUAUGACUACUACUCUGUGAUGCAUUAUGAUAAAAAUGCCUUCAGCAAUGGUAAUGGAUCCACAAUCAUUACCAAGCGUCCUGAGUUCCAAGAUGUGAUUGGUCAACGUUUGGACAUGAGUGAAUAUGAUGUGACUGAACUCAACAAACUCUAUAAAUGCAAUUCGUCCAUCUCUUUCCUUGAUCACUGUAGUUUUGAUGAUGAAUCUCUGUGUCAGAUGAGCGUCUGUUCUGCUGCUGAUUAUGGCUGGCAGAGAGUGAAGUCAGUGAGUGGCAUCAAUGUGACUGACCACACAUACUUGGGCAAAGAACAAAAUGGGAUGUCUUUCUUCAUGCACUUCAGCACUGAGGGCAGAAAUGAGGGGGAUACAGCCAGAAUUAAGAGCAAGAAAAUGACCCUUAAAAGAGACUGCAAGGUCCAGUGCCUGCAGUUCUACUACUAUCACAGUGGUCAUGUGUCUGACCAGCUCAACAUCUGGAUCCAAGAGUACCAGAACGAAGCAGACAGCAGAGGAACUCUCAGACUUAUGGAUCAGAUCACAGAACCCCCUGGCAAUUACUGGAAGCUGCAUCAUGUGCCACUGAAUGCAAAUAAAACCUUCCGAGUUGUAUUUGAAGCACGUAAAGGAGCUGGAAACUCCAGUGGAGGAUUUUCACUGGAUGAUAUCAAUAUUUAUGAGACUGAGUGUCCCCACACGUGGCAGAUAAGAGACUUUGAGAAGGUUUUGAACAACAGUGUGUCUGGCACUUUGAUGUUCAGUCCAUUGUUUUACUCCAGUGAUGGUUAUCGCUUUCAGGCUCGCUUAAGUGUGUAUCAGAAUUGCCUUUCAAUAUUUGUUCGUCUGGUGUCUGGUGUAUAUGAUGACCAGCUGCAGUGGCCUUGUCCAUGGAGACAAAUAACCUUCCAGAUGCUUGACCAGAAUGCACACAUACAGAAGCGCAUGUCCUCUGAGCAAAGCUUCACAACUGACCCUUCUUUGAUUCAUUCCAAUGUCAGUGUUUGGGACAAUCCUCGAAAAACUGAAACUCGAGUCAUCGUUGGCAAUGAGACCGUAUAUGUGGGUAUUUUUUGGGGCUAUCAAUAUGCCAUAAUGAAAGAAGAUCUCAGUAGAAGAGAGUUUAUCAAGGGUGGUGACAUCAUAUUUCUCUUCAGCAUGCAAGAUAUCUCAGGGCUACUUCAGAAGAACUCUCUACCCUGCCCUAAAGUGACAGUGAAGAACUUCAACAUUUCAUUUGAUGCAGCUUUCAAGCAGGGACCAUGUGCUACAAGUGAUUGUCUGGGCAUAUUUUGCACUUCCAGUACUUCCUCCCUGAUCUUAUUGGUGGUUUGCCUCUGUUUACUGGUAAAUGAACACUGAGAUUUUCCCAGCUCUAUGUCUGACUAAUUCAAUAUAAAAGCAACUGCAUCUAUCUUCAGCCUUCUGGUAUAUGAUACUCUUAAACUUGUAUUUUAAUUUAAUGAGAUGCUUACACAGAAUGCAAAUAUAAUUAUCUGUAAUGAAACAAUCAACCUGUUAAUUCUAGCCUAUUGAUUUCCAUGAUAAACUCUGUUGUUUAAUAUGGUUCACACUUUUCUGAAUAGGUUAAGUUAAAUAUUUGAAAUCAUUGUAUAAACAUUAUUGGUUGUAAAUUACUAUACAUUUGAAAUGUGUCUACGCACUCACAAGAGCUAUGUGAAUGUCUUGUAUGAAUCGCAAACUAAUUUUGAAAAACGUAAUGUGUUUAACAAUGUGUAAUACAUUUAUUGAUUUUUGAUGUUCUGUGCUCUUCUAAUGCUUGCUAUUGUAGAUUAAUCUUAUGAUUGUGUGGUUAUCUUAUAAUCUUAUGAUGGUAUGAUUAUGUGGUUUCAAGGGAUAUUUGUCUUUGUGAGAGAUAAGGUAAAGUCUCCAUUUCAAAGUUUUAAUGUCACAUGGUGAUGCUGUGAAGCAGCAAUUGUCCAUUGCAUUAAUUCUACACUUGUUGAAUGUGUGGUGGUCAGAAGAAGUCCAGCUAAGCACUAAAAAAGACUAAUAUUAUUCAAUAAAAACCUGCUCAUUCAGAUCACUUUAUCUCCUGCUUUCUCUGGUGGUUUCCUCUGCCAACCUCUCGGCUGAUACAAGACAACAAAUAAUAAUUAAUUAAUUAACU